AUGCGUCGUUCAUACACCGAUGCAAUCAAUGCAUUAAACUCCCUCCAGUCCAACUUUGCCACUAUAGAGGCCAUUAGAAAGUCAGGUAUUAACAAAAAUGCUAUGGCUAUGCCAGAAAUGCUUGAAUGGACCAGAAGAAUUGGUUACAAAAGCUCUGAUUUCAACAAGUUGAAUAUUAUACAUGUUACAGGUACUAAAGGGAAAGGUUCAACCUGUGCUUUUACACAAUCUAUCUUAGGUCAAUAUCAACCAAAGAUUCAAAAAAUUGGUUUAUAUACUUCUCCACAUUUGAAGUCUGUUCGUGAAAGAAUAAGGAUCAAUGGUCAACCUAUAGCUGAGGAUUUAUUCACUAAAUACUUCUUUGAAGUUUGGGAUAGAUUGUCCUCAACCAAUUCAAAUGAGACUGAGUUCCCUCAUAUGGGAUCAGAUAUCAAACCAAUGUAUUUUAAGUACUUGACCUUAUUAUCAUUCCAUGUUUUCCUCAAUGAAGGUGUCGAUACUGCCAUCUAUGAAGUGGGUGUUGGUGGUGAAUAUGAUUCGACCAACCUUAUUGAAAAACCAACAGCUACUGGUGUUUCUGCCUUAGGUAUUGACCAUACUUUCAUGCUUGGUAAUACACUUGGUGAAAUCGCUUGGAAUAAAGGUGGGAUCUUCAAAACUGGAGCAAAGGCCUUUACUGUGAAACAAGAACCUGAAGGUAUGAAAGUUUUGGAAGAAAGGGCUCAAGAAAAAGGAGUCGAACUGAAGGUCAUUGAUGAAUCUGACGUUAAAGGUCUUGAAUUGGGUAUCCCGGGGUCUUUCCAAGCUCAAAAUGCAUCGUUAGCUGUUUCAUUGGCCAAUGAACAUUUAACAAAAUUAGGAAUCCAAAUUGAUUCUGAAAAGACUAGAGAAGGUUUGAAAAAAACAUUUUGGCCAGGUAGAUGUCAAAUAAUCAAAGAAGACAAAAUAACAUGGUUUAUUGAUGGUGCUCAUACAAAAGAAAGUAUUGACGCCUCAAGUGGAUGGUUCAAAACUGCCACAGAUCCUACAAAAAAGAGAGUUUUGCUAUUCAAUCAACAAACCAGGGAUGCUAAUGCAUUGGUUACAAGGUUAUUUGACGGUGUUUCACCACUAAAGUUCGAUGAAGUUAUUUUCACGACCAACAAGACCUGGUCCACUGGUUAUUCCAAGGACUUGGUGUCCAUGAACACUUCAAAGGAAGCCGUCGACAGCUUAGAAGUUCAAAGAUUAUUAGCUGACGAGUGGGUAAAACUAGAUUCUGAUUCCGUGAUUAAUAUAUUCCAUGAUAUAGAGGAAAGUGUUGAGUACGUGAGAAGUUUAGACGGGGAUGUUGAUGUCUUUGUUUGUGGCUCAUUACAUCUUGUUGGUGGGUUUUUAGUUGUCCUCGAUGGUGACAAGGAGUAG